CUGCUCGACCUCUCCAUGAACAGGCUCUCCGGCCCCAUCCCGGCAGCCCUCGGCGGCGCCGUCGCUCUCAAGUUCUUGAACCUCUCCAACAACGCGCUCUCCGGCGCCAUCCCCGACGACCUCGGGAGCCUCAAGGGACUCCAGGAGCUGCAGAUUUCCGGUAACAACCUCACUGGCUCCAUCCCUUCCUGGCUCGCCGGGCUCCCCGGCCUCCGCGUGCUGUCCGCCUACGAGAACAAGCUCUCCGGACCGAUCCCGCCAGGGCUCGGCCUCUCGUCCAAGCUCCAGGUGCUCAACCUCCACUCCAAUGCCCUCGAGGGGAGCAUACCCAGCAGCCUCUUCGAUCUUGGCAAUCUGCAGGUUCUGAUCCUCACUGUCAAUAGGCUCAACGGCACGAUCCCGGACACAAUCGGCAGGUGCCUCGGCCUUUCCAACGUCCGUAUCGGCAACAAUCGCCUCGCCGGCGCCAUCCCGGCAUCCAUUGGCGACGCAACCAGCCUCACCUACUUUGAGGCCGACAGCAACGAGCUGUCCGGAGGCAUCCCCGCUCAGUUUGCGCGCUGCGCUAACUUGACGCUGCUUAAUUUGGCUUACAAUCGCCUCGCCGGCGAGGUGCCGGACAUGCUAGGGGAGCUCAGAAACCUGCAAGAGCUCAUCAUCUCUGGCAACGGCCUCGGUGGUGAGUUCCCGAGGUCAAUUCUGCGGUGCCGGAACUUGAGCAAGCUGGACUUGAGCUACAACUCUUUCCGUGGUGGCUUGCCGGAUACCAUCUGCAAUGGAUCAAGGUUGCAGUUUCUUGUGCUCGAUCACAAUGACUUCUCUGGUAGCAUCCCGCACGGUAUAGGUGGCUGUAGCAGGCUUCUUGAGCUGCAGCUGGCUAACAACAACCUGAGUGGUGAGAUACCAGCUGAAAUGGGUAAGGUCAAGAGCUUACAGAUUGCGCUGAACCUUAGCUCCAAUCACCUUUUAGGGCCGCUGCCCCAUGAGCUUGGGGGGCUUGAUAAGCUCGUCGCACUGGAUUUGUCAAGCAAUGACAUAUCUGGUGAGAUCCCUGGUGAUAUGCGAGGGAUGAUGAGCUUGAUACUUGUCAACUUGUCGAACAAUCGGCUCCGUGGCGCCAUACCGGCGUUUGGGCCAUUUCAGAAGAGUUCAGGGUCCAGCUUCUCUGGCAAUGCCAAGCUGUGCGGGGAUCCGCUGAAUGUGGACUGUGGACCAAUUUAUGGAUCCAAUUAUGCAUCGGACCACAGGAAGAUAUCUUACAGGGUGGCUUUGCUAGUUGUGGGUUCCUGUGUGUUCAUCUUCUCAGUCGUAUCAAUGGUGGUAACGUUGUUCAUGUGGCGUGAAAGGCAGGAGAAAGAGUCUGAUGCAAAGAAGGCUGAGGCAGGGGAGGUGGUUGUGGAAGCACCUCAGGUCAUGGCUUCAAGAGUGUUCAUUGAGAGCUUGCAGCAGGCCAUUGAUUUCCAGAGUUGUGUGAAGGCGACAUUCAAGGACGCCAAUGAAUUGAGGAGUGGCACGUUCAGCACAACCUACAAGGCUGUCAUGCCAUCAGGCAUGGUGGUGUGUGUCAAGAAGCUAAAGUCGGUUGACCGGGCGGUCAUCCACCACCAGACUAAGAUGAUCCGAGAGCUCGAGCGCCUUGCGCACAUAAACCAUCCCAACCUUGUGCGUCCCAUUGGGUAUGUCAUCUAUGAGGAUGUUGCGCUGCUGCUGCAGUAUCACAUGCCGAACGGAACAUUGCUUCAGCUGCUGCACGAUGCAAACAGCUGCGACGGUGAAAACCACAAACCUGACUGGCCAAAGCUGUUGUUAAUCGCCAUCAAUGUUGCCGAAGGGCUGGCGUUCCUCCACCAGAUUGCCACCAUCCACCUCGACAUUUCUUCGGGCAAUGUCUUCCUUGACUCGCACUACAAUGCGCUUCUUGGUGAAGUUGAGAUCUCCAAGCUACUGGAUCCUUCAAAGGGCACUGCAAGCAUCAGUGCAGUUGCUGGCACAUUUGGUUAUAUACCUCCAGAGUAUGCCUACUCAAUGCAGGUUACCGUGCCAGGCAACGUAUACAGCUUCGGGGUACUGCUGCUGGAAAUCCUGACCUCGAAGAUGCCAGUAGAUGAGGACUUCGGAGAGGGUGUAGACCUUGUCAAGUGGGUGCACUCUGCACCUGAGAGGGGAGAGACGCCGGAGCAGAUCAUGGACCCGAGGAUGAGCACCGUGUCGUUUGCGUGGCGGAGGCAGAUGCUGGCCGUGCUCAAGGUGGCGAUGCUAUGCACGGAGCGCCCCCCCGCAAAGCGACCUAAGAUGAAGAAGGCGGUGGAGAUGCUGAAGGAGGCCAAGAACAGCUGACAAUUAACCGCACCCUCUUGCUGAAUGCUAAGAUUGUUCCUUGGGUGGCGAAAUGAUGAGCAUAAAGAAUAAUUCCAUGCCACGGAUCUGCAGUGAUUAGUUGGUUGGGUAUGAGCUUCAGUAGCCAUUUUCUUCUUUGUAUAUAUAGUCUUCCUUUUGCUCAAGCCGGUCGUAUGCAUUGUCAGAUGCCGAACCUUACAGCAUAAAAAAACCGUGCAAUGAGCUUUGAGCACAGUGUUUUGCAUUAUAAUUGGCAAUGUGAGAAUGUUUGGUAGGUUUCUGUUUGGAGGCUCA